AUGCCUAUCGGCACAUCAUCUAGGUCCAAAAAGCCGGCAUCAGCGCACCUGGCAAGCUCCGCAACACAAUUCGUUGCACCUCAACCGAAGACAACCAACCAAGCAGCGGUGGUGAUACCAGCAGACCAGAGCAAUGACAGCGAUGCACCACCGACAUACGACGAAGCCACGACUGAAGAACCUGGGAUCCCAACAAAACAAGUAGCUCCCACGUCAGAACACGAUCUCCAGUAUUUUGCGGCGAUAGCUGCAGGAACCAGCCCACAGAUCAGACCCUCUGCCCCGAGGCUUGUGCUUCACCUAUUCCGAACGACGCAGACGCACAUCUUCCCAAUCGAAGAGCGACUGGCACUGGGAGCGAACUCAAGCAGGCCGUUCUAUGCGUUGAGAGCCUCUCUGGGCUCAACCAGCGUGGACGAAUACAACAAGCUGACCAUCACGCGCCGAUGGCCCGGCACGGACGUUUGGCGGACAGUGGUGAUAUCGGACAUCACACCCCGGCUGAAGUUGCUGGCACAGGGACAGGUGAUGAUUUCUCGACUCCGGAUUGAACAACGCAGAGCCGGGACCAAUGGUCCGGCUGACAGCUAUGAACUGUGGUGGGAUAGCCAGACCGGAAGCUAUACAGUAUGGAGGAACAAAGUGUCGACAGAGCUAGAAAUCUGCUGUGAAGGCUGGACAUCUCUUGACGACGUACCUCGGAGUGGACACCUGUUGGUGAAAGACAGAUCGGCCGUGCGCAACGAGAGCAACAACGUGCUCGCCAUGAUUGACUUCAACCUGCCUUCUCCGCAAUUGAUUUGCGUUGUUCCCGCCGGACACGUCAAGCUCGACUUGAUCGUAGCAAGCUUGUUGACGGCAGCAACAAUACACACGCGUCGAGCUAAGAUGAUGUCUCAGACAUUGGUGUCACACGGCAUGGCGGAAUUGAGCGGCAACAGCAUCGUUGUCCAGCAGCAAGUCAAUGCGAACAUCCGCGUUGUAAUCUAG